CUCACCAAAUCGACAUCGUAAGAGUCAAAAGUCUUUCAAUAUCCAUAGUACAUUUGUUAGGUAAGAUGAUGUUGUCAACAAAAGAAUGCUUAUAUAAAUUUUACAUGGUUUUGAUCAUGAACAUUUAAGGUUUGAACCGUUGGUUUCUUAAUUAACGUGCUAUGCCUCAGGAGAUAAAGGUGAAAGUUAGCAUGCAUUCUCAAAAAUGCAGGAAGGAGGUAAUGAAGACUGUCGCUAAAUUAUCUGGUGUUGAUCAGGUAUCCGUGGAUUUACAGAAGGAGAUGUUAGUUGUGAUUGGGGAUGUUGACCCUGUUUGCGUCGCAACUAGCUUGAGAAAGAAACGGAAGGUUGCUAAUAUUGUAAGUGUUGGACCAUACAAAAAGAAAGGGACGGAAGUCAAUAAACCUGUUGGAUUUCCAAUGAUGUAUUGUAACACUCCUUGUUAUGAUGGAUAUGGACAUUUUGUAUAUGGGUAUCCGCCAAUCCGUGAUGCUGGAGGUUGCAACAUUCUGUAGAUGCUAUUGUACAAGACCGCAUUCUAAACAUUUUACUGGAUUUUAGGUGUAUUAAUUCUCUAUUCAUUAAUAAUUUUCUGUACGCU